AUGGAGGCUCAGAUCGAAAAUGUCGUCGAUAUCUUGUCGAACCCCAGAUCCGACCAGUCCCUUCAAGGGCAGGCUCUGGAGUAUCUAGGCCAGGUGCGAUCCGACCCGCAAGCAUGGCAAGCCUGCACCAACCUAUAUGUUCGAGCAUCACCUAGGGCCUCUGACCUUGCCCGCAUGACAUGCCUUGAAAUCAUCAACUAUGCUGUAUACAACCACGGUCUCGAUGCCGAUAGUCUCAGCUACCUCAAGCAGGCGCUGCUCGAAUACGUUCGCCAAACCUACGGCCCCGACGCGCAGAACGAAACCGACCAGCCUCACAUUCAGAACAAGCUCACACAAACCUUGACGUACUUGUUUGUAUUCCUCUAUCAGAAUGGGUGGCAUUCAUUCCUCGAAGACUUCCUUGCCCUCACCGGCAUCGCCAACAACGUCAACAACGUCAACGGCACGCUGUUCUAUCUCCGCAUAUUGUCCUCGAUUCACGAUGAGAUUGCUGAUAUGCUCCUAUCUCGCCAGAGCAACGAGUCCAAGCGAAACACGGAGCUCAAAGACCAGCUGAGAGCACAGGACAUGCACCGCGUUGCCGAGUCUUGGAAGCAGCUUCUCGCUCGUUACAGCGAUAACGACGCCGUUGUCGAAAUGGUCCUCAGAGUCAUUGGAAAGUGGGCCAGCUGGAUGGAUAUUUCUCUCAUCGUCAGCCAGGACAUGCUGAGCCUGAUUCUCCCUGUCGUUGGCCGCAACAAGAAUGAAGGUCGAAGCGACAAGGUCCGUGAUGUCGCCAUCGAGACGCUUACCGAGAUCUGCGGCAAAAAGAUGCGUUCUGCCGACAAGAUGGAGAUGAUUUCCUUCCUCAAUCUCCAGAAUAUUGUCAAUCAGCUUGUCGCUAUGCCUCUGCUGAACGAUUAUCGUGGGACACCCCAAUAUGACACUGAUCUCGCCGAAGUCGUCGCCAAACUUGUCAAUAGUGUCGUCUCCGAUAUUAUCAGAGCGCUCGACGAUUCGCAGAUCAACGAUGAUACUAGAUCUCGUGCCAAGCAGCAUCUCAACGACUUCCUUCCGCUCCUACUCCGAUUCUUCUCCGACGAAUACGACGAGGUCUGCUCUACCGUAAUCCCUGCUCUCACCGACCUCCUCACGUUUCUGCGCAAGCUUGGACAGCUUCCAGAGGAAUACAACGGCAUGCUUGCCCCCAUUCUCGACGCCAUCAUCCGUAAGGCGCGAUAUGACGAAACUUCAUCCUGGGGCAACGAAGACGAGCAGACAGACGAGGCCGAGUUUCAAGAACUCAGAAAGAAGUUGCAGAACUUGCAAAAGACAAUUGCCGCCAUCAACCAACCACUUUACAUGGACAUUCUCAGCAACCUGGUCGCCACAACCUUUCAGACCCUCGAUCAGAGAGGAUCAGAGAUGGACUGGAGAGACUUGGAUCUGGCUUUGCAUGAAAUGUAUCUCUUUGGAGAACUUGCGUUGCCAAACCACGGCCCUGGGACUAAGAAUCAGCCUUCUAGCGAGGCUUCCGAGCGUCUGGUGGUCAUGGUUACGAAAAUGGUCGAGUCUGGCAUUGCUAGCUUCUCGCACCCCGCCAUUUUGCUCCAGUACAUGGAGAUUUGCGUCCGAUACAGCGCCGUCUUUGAUACCAACGCACAGUUCAUCCCGCCAGUACUGGAAAACUUUGUUCGACUAGUGCACCACGAGCAUGUGCGUCUCAAGACUCGCUCCUGGUAUCUUUUCCACCGAUUCAUCAAGCAGCUUCGUGGGCGGGUCGGUAACGUCGCCGAAACAGUCAUACAGGCUAUUGGAGACCUCUUGCCGAUCAAGGCCGAAGUUCCAGGCGAAGACGCGGAUGAUGACAUGUCCUCGGAUGAAUCUGACCACUCUGCCGAUGCUCUAUUUACUAGCCAGCUUUACCUCUUCGAGGCCAUCGGAUGCAUCUCGUCUACUUCCAGCACCCCCGUCGAUAAACAGGCUCUUUACGUACGAUCAGUGAUGGAGCCUCUAUUCCAGGACAUGGAAGUGCAUCUACCCCGUGCCAAGUCUGGUGAUGCCCAGGCUAAUCUUCAAAUUCAUCACAUCGUCAUGGCUCUGGGCACGCUCGCCCACGGCUUCUCCGAUUGGACGCCCGGUUCGACAAGCAAAGAGCACACUCCGCCAGACAAGCUGGUGGCAGCUGAGUUUUCACGGGCUGCAGAGGCUAUCCUGAUCGCACUGAGUCAGCUCAACUCGUCCAGCGAGAUUAGAACAGCCUGCCGUUCGGCAUUCUCCAAGCUUCUGGGUGUCCUCGGCGCUGCUGUUCUUCCCCAACUCCCCCAAUGGAUCGAUGGUUUGCUCUCACAAAGCUCGUCCAAGGAUGAGAUGGCCAUGUUCUUGCGCCUACUCGACCAAGUCGUGUUCGGUUUCAAGGCAGAAAUUUACGACGUCCUGAAUGUCUUACUGACGCCUCUGCUUCAAAGAAUCUUUGCUGGACUGACUGAGCCGAUCCACGGAACAGAUGACGAGAUCCAGCUUGCCGAACUUCGACGCGAAUACCUUUCUUUUAUCCAGAUCAUCCUUAACAAUGGACUUGAAGGGGUGCUGAUCAGUGAAGCUAAUCAGGGUUACUUUGAGUCUCUAAUAUCUUCCGUUAUUGAGCUCGGAAAGACUUUGGAAGGGAAUCUGGGUCCGUCUCGACUUGCGUUCAACAUUCUACUCCGCAUCUCCUCCAUCUGGGGCGGUCCUGAUGUGGCUACAAUCUCGCAAAAUCCCACGGCACCGACCGGCUCUGCUAGCCCUGUCAUUCCUGGUUUCGAUCAAUUCAUGAUUGAUCGUUUCCACAGCGCAUGCUGGGAGGUGCUGCGCAACCCCAACUUCCGCCCUGGGCAGGACGCCCAGACAAAGCAGAUUCUGGUGGAGAUUGCUAGCCUAGAGCAGCUCAUCUACACCAAAACUGGCGAUGCUUUCAUCCAGAAUCUACAGAAUGGAGUCUUCCCUAGCCUUGGUAUCAAUGGAGACGAAUUCUUGCGGUCACUUACUACGUCGGCCGACAAGAAGCAAUUUCCUUCCUACCUCCAGGGUCUGCUCAAGAGUCGUCAAUAG